UUUCAGUAUUUGGAACAAGCAACAAUUUUUAAAAUUUGAAACGUAAUAUCCCCAGGUCCGAAGGUGACACAAUUGCAAUGUCACAGUUUGGCCCAAAGAAUCCAGCCGCUUGGGCUCGACCACCAGGAGCUAAUCAGCAGCUCAACGCUGGUCUAUUCCAGAACCCACUAAUUGGUGCACAGCCGUUUGCACAGAUGGGUAUGAUCAAUGCUGCUGCUUUCUCUCAGCAAGCAGUAGGUAAUAUGGGAAUGAACCUGGGUAUGCUGCAAACGCCGUCACAAACAAUUCGAAUGCAAGCUCAGCAGCAGAAUUUUCAGCAAAAAAACCGUACAUUCUCGGGUGUGGUUACAAAAAUGCACGACAAUUAUGGGUUUAUUGAUGACGAUGUUUUCUUUCAAGUAAGUAAUGUUCGCGGUGCCUUACCUCGAACAGGUGAUCGAGUUAUGGUGGAAGCAUCAUAUAAUCCUACUAUGCCGUUUAAGUGGAAUGCAUAUCGAGUUCAGUUAAUUGGCGAUAAAGGUGGUCCAGGUGGUGGUGGACCACCAGCUCAUACACCUCCAGAACGUGGCCGCCAACCUAUGGCAGGCCGUGGAAUGAUACCUGCUGAACAGAGUUGGACGGGGAAAACUCUUGAGAAGCCACAAACCGUUACUCAUAUGAAUGACUCUCGUUCACGUGACUUCCGUGCAUCGCCACGUUCUCGUACACCAAUUGGAGUAGGCCGACAUCGUUCUCCUCGAGGUGGACCAUGUGGUCCACCGGCACUGGUACAGGACAUAAGACGUCUGAGCCCUCCAAGACGUAUUUCUCCACCUCGUGGUCUUGUACGACGAUCACCUAGAAGAAGUCCACCUCGUGACUACUCGAAAGGUCCAGUGAAUCGUGCAUCUCCAAAACAUUCAACACCAGCACGAAAACAUGAAGGGAAGCGCGAGCAUUCAGCAAGUGUUUCGGGACGUAAUCGAUCUCCUUCACAGAAACAUGAUCCAAAUACUCACGAUAGUUUAUCUCCCCCUCGUCGACGUGCGCGCAUUAUACCGCGCUAUCAGUGUUAUAUUCCGAAACCACCAAUUCUAAAUGGGACGAGGCAAACCGUAAUGCAGCUGCGUAAACGUUAUCCGUUACUCUACAUCCCAUCAGAUUUUUCCGAUGUUAGCAUUGAAUGGCCAAAAACUACACCGAUCGAAAAUCCGAUAUCGGUUUCCACGGCGCCCAUCACUUACCAUGUUUUGCAUAGGGAUAUUGAUUGCCCAAGUGAAAACUUGCAAGCUCUGAAUCCCCCAGAUGCGGAUUACCGGUUUUCUGUUAAGGUUGUCUUAAUGAGUCAUCAAGGCCUAUCAUUGGUGCACCAGAAAGCAUUUGGUUUACAAGUUGACGGUUCAAUUGAUGAAAACAUUGAUCCGGCUUCGCUGAAACGUUGCAUCAACUUUGUUGUUGGUACGCGUAACAAAGAAAUGAUGGCAAUUGGUGGUGCUUGGUCACCAUCACUUGACGGCGAUAAUCCCGAGUCAGAUCCCCAAGUUUUUGUCCGUACUGCAGUUCGGACUGUUCGGGCUUUAAUUGGAGUGGAUCUUUCCAAAUGUCCUAGAUGGUACAAAAUGGCGGAGAUUCGUUACUAUCGUGCUGAGAAAGAUCGAAUGGAUACAUGCUGCUUGUUUCUGCCGGACACCAGUGGUUUGAUGCCCACCGAAGACUGCUAUCAACAGUUACUGGCUACGCUAAAGGAUCAGCUUGGGAACAAACUUGCUGCUCUAGAUGCUCAAAAACUCGUUCUACCAUCCACUGUAGCUGCUCUUGCUACAGAUUCUGGAGAUGCUGGGGAGGGAACUACAACUACGACCGAGCCAGUGGCUCAAGCUGGUGAUACUCAACAGCAACUGCAGCAGGGACAACAACAAAUUGAUGCCAACAAGGAGCAGGUGCAGGAAGUGGAAGAGGAUGAUGAUGAAGAUUUGAAUCCAACUCACUGGUCUAAAUUGGAUAUCAGAACAAUGAAGGUUGCUGAAUUGCGGCAGGAACUGAUGGCUCGCGAUUUGGAGACAAAAGGAGUGAAAUCAGUCUUAUGCGCUCGACUUCAAGAGGCACUUGAUCACGAGAAAACAAAAGACGAAGAUAAGGGGGAUAAGGCUGAAGUAGCUAAAGUGAAAGAAGAAGAAAAGGAAGAGAAAGAAUUGACAGAUGAAGACAAAAAAGCUAUCGAAAAAUUCGAAAAGGAAAAGAAAGAAAAAAAGGCUUCACUAGAACGUCAUUUCACUAUUCCAAAAGAACUAGGAAUAUUGGUUCAUCCGAAUCGUAUGGCCAAGGGAGGAAAGUUUGACUGUAAAAUUGUAUCCCUUCACACAAUGUUGGAUUAUCGCACUGAAGAUAAUAAGGAACAUUCUUUUGAGCUUGCAGUUAUGGCAGAAUGCAUCAGUGAAAUGUUGGAUCGAUCACAGGCGUUCGUUGCCUACAAAACAUUGAGCUGUGCUGUGGAUAAAGAGUCAGAGAAGAAACGUCGUGAAGAGGCAAAGCUUGCGGAAAUUAUAGGAGCGGAAGAAGGAACAGAUAGUGCCAAAGCAGAUAAGACUGAAAAGUCCGAAGAGGAGAAAAGGAAAGAAGACGAAAAAAGAGAGGAAGAGCAAAGAAAAUUUCUUGCUGAGGCACGAAAGCCAAUUAUUAUAGAUCGAACAGUCUUUCAGGCUUUCGCUCACUUCGACCAGAAUCUUUGCGGGUAUAUCUUGGAGAAAGAUUUUGAGGAAAUACUAUUUUCCAUAGGUCUGAACAUUUCUCGAGCACAAGUGCAAAAGCUGCUAAAGAGAUAUUUGUCACGCGAUCGUAUAAGUUAUCGCUAUCUCACCGAUAGUUGGGCAAACAAAGAUGGCACGGUAACAUACAGACCCGGUGUAAUAUCGGAUCCACCUACUACUGAGCAACUGGCGAAGGGUAAUAUGUCGAAGGAAUCGGUAGAUGCUAACAAAAAAACAGUGGGUGAAGCACCGGAUAUUAGUACAACAGGAUCUGUAAUAUAUUUGGGUUCACUUAUGAAUAUACCGCAAGUUUUGGAGCAAGUUUCAAGGGUGGAAUCUGAUGCUAAUGCUGCUUUACAAAAGGUCGACGUAUUAGAGGCACAACUAAAAGAUGGUGCGAAGCACGUUCAACUACUAGAGAAAAAGAAAAAGAGAUUGGAAGAAGAUGUUGAAAAAUAUCGAAAGCGGUUGCAUGACGCAGAAAAAUGUUUGAAAAAUUCUGUGGAUGAUACUGUACAGAUGAAAAGUGCAAUCCAGGAAUUUCGACGAAUCGGCGAACGGAUGAUGAGCAUGGCUGAAAAAUUAAUGCCAAAUCCGAAAGAAGACGAAAAGACCUCUGAAAAGGAUGAGAAAGAUAUGAAAAAGGAAAAAAAAGAUGAUAAAGAUGAGAAGAAAGUGCCAAAAAAGAAGGACUCAGUUCCUGCUAAAGUAAACGGUGAAGCCGAAGAAAAGAAGGAAUUGCAGCUAGUGGAUGAAGUUGGUGGUAAUGAUGUUGGGGACGAACCUAUGGAAUCAGACGUUAUUGUAUUGUCAGAAGAAGUAACAGGUGACGAAGAAAAGGAUGUUAAGAAAGAAACCUUGUCAUCACAGAAGAUGGAUUCUACAACUGGAACUCUGGAAGCCGAUGCUAUAACUCCGCUUGCAUAGAAAGAAUAAAUAGAAAUUAAAAGCGAUUCAAUUAUUAGCAUGCUGUAUGUUUAAAAAUUUAUUAAUUUUUCAAUUUCUUGAAGUAUCGGUUUGGAGUUAGGAAUGGGAACUGUCUUCUCUCAGUCAGUUUUCAUUUGUUUCAAAACAUGAAAAUUUGUUGAAGAAUCGCUGUCACUUGUGUUUUAAUAUGCUGCAGUUGCCAGUGUCGGCUUUUGUCUGCAUUUUUUGAUAAAUUUUCAUUUGUAUUAGUUUCUUUAUACUAACCACUUGCUUUGGACGAUCCCUUAUUGAUAUUUUUUUGCUGCUCUUUUUUUUCUGCAUUCUUGCCGCUUCUCUCCUCUACACCUCUCCGUUUCAGGUUUGCAAAGUAGGAUGGUAAUAUUGCAUGAACGAGAAGAAUUAGGAACUUGUUAGCAAACAUUCAUAUUUUCUGAUAGGAGAGAUUCUCGAACAGUUUAUAUCAAAUGCUAAAUUUAUGUGAAGGUUUUCCUAACGACAGAUCAAUUUUUUGUGUCAUUUGUCAUCAGAUGAUUUUAAUCUACUUCGCAUUGUUUUAUUUCUGUUGUUAGGAGUGUUAUGUGUUCCCUCAUCUAAUCGCAGUAGUGGCGUGACAGAUUAUUUCCCUAUGUUUUAAUCGUGUUGAUAAUUUUUUAAUAAUUUGUUGUAGCACAUUUGAUUACAACUCAAAAUUAGAUGUGAAAUGAAAAAAGGAGUACAGUAUUGCAGAGUAUAUUCAUCUGACUGGAGGUGGCAUUUAAAAAAGAAAUAUCCUGAUAAUGAGUU